GUCCUGCUCUCGCUCUCUCUUCCCAUCGCCAAAGACUCACAAAGGACUACAACUGGAUAGUCGGAACUCGCAAAACUACGCCCGUUUGAUGCUUUUAUUCCAAAGGAUUUAUUUAAGGGACUUUUACUAGGUUUAUCUCUUCCCCACCUCCGCUUCUUUGUCACUGACUUCACACCUGACCGGGCGGGGGUAGGUGUGGAGACGGAGACAGCAGGGGUCCGGCUGGAUGAACCAGCUUCUGUGGGGGAUGGGCACCUUGGCAGUGGGGGCUCCCAGUCAGAGUUGCUGGGACUGUGAAAUAAAGACAGACACAGAUUAUAUAUAGAGGGAACCAAAUCACUAUGACACCAUGGAAGGCUGUUGAUGGCUAACUCUGCCUUUGGCUAAAACCUAACUCAGGAGAGCAGCAUGAACACAUAGGUUGGGUGUGCAGGGAAAUAACCAACAAUGGCCGCCCAUCGAAUCAGAGCGACAAACAACAACAUUGCACUGCCGCGCUGCAAGUCAGAGGGGACACUCAUUGACCUCAGUGAUGGAGUGUCUGAAUCCAACUGUCUCACAGAUGUCAAAGUGCCUUCUCCCAGUGCCUUAAGACUGGACGCCACUGCCUCCUUCGGCACUGCCAGGGAAGUCGUUGCUAUUAAGGAUUACUGUCCCUCCAGCUUCACCACCCUCAGGUUCUCCAAGGGAGAACAUCUCUUUGUGCUGGACACAUCGGGUGGAGAGUGGUGGUACGCCCACAACAGCACUGAGAUGGGUUACAUCCCUGCGACAUACGUCCAGCCCAUCAACUACCGGGACUCCUCAUUCAGUGACAGUGGUAUGAUCGACAGCUUAGGAGACUGCUCUGUUGAGGAGGGAGCCAAGGAGCUGGACCUCCUUGGAGAUUGGCCCGGGGUGAUGCUGAAACCUACUGCCCCCCAAAACGGGAACCCCUUUGCCCCCCAUCACCAGCCCCUUAGCCGUAGCUCCACUAACCCUUUCCUCAACGGGGCCCUUCAAGGUUCUUUGGAUCAGAACAGUAAUGAGAACAGUAAGUCAGUGGACCUUCUUCUUUUUGACAACCUAGCCCCCUCUGUCCCACCAAACUCUACCAGCAGUAGCAUCAACAUCAACAGCUUUGGCAGCGGCAUUUUCGAUCUGAAACCCAUCAGCCCCAAUUUGGGAGUGGGCCAGAUGUUACGCAGGGACAACCCAUUCUUCAGGAGCAAGCGAUCCUACAGUCUCUCAGAACUUUCAAUCCUGCAAGCUCAGAAUGACACCCCUCAGGCAUCCUCAGGUUUCUUUGGAGGCCUGAAAGCCCCUGCACCUGAACAGUUCCAGAGCAGAGAGGACUUCCGGGUGGCAUGGCUCAAUCACCGCAAGCUAGCCAGGUCCUGCCAUGACCUGGACUCCUUGGGUCAGAACCCAGGCUGGGGACAAACACAGCCAGUGGAGACCAACAUUGUGUGCCGUUUAGACAGUUCUGGAGGGACCGUCCAGCUUCCAGACACCAGCAUCAGCAUCCACAUCCCGGAGGGCCACGUGGCCCCUGGAGACUCCCAGCAGAUCUCCAUGAAGGCCCUGCUGGACCCACCGCUGGAGCUCAACAACGACCGAACAACGACCGUAAGCCCUGUGGUGGAGAUCAAGCUCGGCAACAUGGAGACCAAAACCACAGUCACCCUUGAGAUGAAGGUGUCCGUUGUGGUGAAGAAGGAAAGCAGACAGACAACAGAGGUCAUAUGUGUGAGGGGUGACUGCAAGGAGGGGCCCUACACACCAAUCCCCCAAGCCUAUAUGUAUGGGGACACCAUCCAGGUCUGUCUGGAUAACCUUGAGCCCUGCAUGUAUGUGUCUGUUGUGGCCCAGGCUCAGUCAGUUGCUCCAGACACCACUGUUUGGGACAACGUGGUGAAGAAGGUCACCCUGGGUGUCUAUGGUCCCAAGCACAUUCACCCAUCCUUUAAGGCUGUGGUGGCCAUCUUCGGCCAUGACUGUGCCCCAAAAACAUUACUGGUGAAUGAAGUAGGGAAGCAGGCCCACGCCACCCCUCCAGUGGCUCUUCAGCUCUGGGGGAAGCACCAGUUUGUCCUGGCAAGGCCCCAGGACCUUCGGGUUGGUGUUUACUCCAACAUGGCCAACUAUGAGGUAAAGGCCAGUGAGCAGGCCAGGGUGGUUAGGGGUUUCCAGGUCAAACUGGGAAAGGUUAGCCGGAUAGUCUAUGUGAUCGCCUCACGCACUGCUGAUGAUGUCUCAGAUUUCACAUUACGUGUCCAGGUCAAGGAUGACCAAGACUGUAUUCUCGCCCAGUUUUGUGUUCAAACUCCAACACCUCCACCCAAGACCGGUCCACAAACAUCUGUACAGAGGCGCUUCCUGAAGAAGAAGGAACUAGGGAAAAUUGUCUUGUCCCCUCUGGCCAUCACUACCAAAUACCCUGUGUUCCACGACCGACGAAUCCGCAACCUGAAGUUUGGCAAGUUGAUCAAAACAGUCAUCCGUCAGACCAAGAACCAAUACUUACUGGAGUACAAAAAGGGAGAUUACUUUGCCCUUCUGAGCGAAGAGAAAAUCAAAUUGAAGGGACAGUUGUGGACUAAGGAAUGGUACAUCUGUUACUAUCAGGGUAGAACAGGGCUUGUACAUGCAAAAAAUGUUCUGUUGGUGGGGAAAGUAAAACCCAUUUACUUCAGCGGGGCUGAACUAACCACUACACUCUUACUGGAUCAAAUCCUGAAGCCCUGCAAGUUCCUGACGUACAUAUAUGCCUCUGUGAGGACUAUACUGAUGGAGAACGUAGGAAGCUGGAGGGCGUUUGCCGAUGCCCUGGGUUACGUUAACCUACCGCUCUCACACUUCUGCCGUGCAGAGCUGGACAGCGAGCCUGAGAGGGUGGCGUCUGUUCUGGAGAAGCUGAAAGAGGACUGCAAUAAUACAGAGGGCAAGGAGAGGAAAUCCUUCCAGAAGGAACUCAUGACAGCGUUGCUGAAGAUGGACUGCCAGGGCCUGGUGGCCAGGCUGGUGAUGGACUUUGUCCUGCUGACCACGGCGGUGGAGGUGGCUGGGCGGUGGAGGGAACUGGCUGAAAGGCUAUCCAAAGUGUCCCGUCUGCAGCUGGAUGCAUACGAGGGACCGCACAGAGACAGGAACGGAGUGGUGGACAACGAGGCCAUGUGGAAGCCAGCCUAUGACUUCCUAGUGACGUGGGCGGCCCAGAUUGGGGACAGCUACCGGGACGUGAUCCAGGAGCUCCACAUAGGCCUGGACAAGAUGAAGAGCCCCAUCACCAAGCGUUGGAAACACCUAACGGGAACGCUCAUCCUUGUCAACUGCCUGGAUACGCUCCGGAGCUCCGCCUUCAGCCCCGCCUCUCAGGACGACUGUGCCAUAUAGACCAAACUGACCAUGAUCAUCGUCAUCAUCACUCAUAGGGUGCAGCUUGUUUCCUUCUCUUAUAUCUCCGCUAAUUGGAUAGCAAUUUAUUUCCCACCUGUAUAGAUGAAAGAUAGAAGAGGAGGAUAGGAUGAACCAUUGGACUGUUGAUAUAGACUCCACCUCCUGCUGUCCUUCCUAUGUCCAUCAACAUCCUAUCCCCACCCCUGACCCGAUCCCUAACCCCACCCCUGACCCCCACAACCUUAUUCCCUGUUUGUAUUGAAUAUUCUGAACAACAGCUGUCUGUCUGGUCCCUCUGAGUCCUGCUUCCUCCUAAUCUGCCUUUAGACCUCAUGGGGGUGAGGGGCUGGACUGCUAGACUACUCCCAUUACCCCCAGGAGGAUUAGACUGCUAGACUGUCCCCCCUCACCCCUAGGAGGACUAGACUCCCUCUCACCUCCAGGAGGAUUAGACUGCUAGACUGUCCCCCCUCACCCCUAGGAGGACUAGACUCCUCCUCACCCCCAGGAGGAUUAGACUGCUAGACUGUCCCCCCUCACCCCUAGGAGGACUAGACUCCCUCUCACCUCCAGGAGGAUUAGACUGCUAGACUGUACCCCCUCACCCCUAGGAGGACUAGACUCCUCCUCACCUCCAGGAGGAUUAGACUGCUAGUCCUCAACCACCCAUCUUUGUAUAGCCACCAGCCAAACUACACAAUGCUACAGUCUCAGUAUUCACAAAGACUAUUUUAAUCUUCAUUGUCUGACAUAGUAUGUAUUUUUUUACUCUAAAUAUGGCACAGCAUUUUUUAAAGACAUUUUGACACCUUUCGUUCAUAACUGUGGACUCGAUCCAGUGCUAAAACAAACUUUUUAAAUGGUAUCCUUGUUCUUUAGCCUUGUCACGUGUGUCAAAGGAGCUAAAUAAAUGUGUUUAUUUAUAAAGCUUUGGAGUUGUUGAGAAGAAAGCGCUCUCUUAUUUUUUCCUCCUACUGUUGUCCGUUUUAUUUCAACUACUUUGUUAGUGAACAUAUUUUUAAGGACCGAGUUAAUAACUGGGCAUAACUCACAGAUUAACUUUGCUCUUUAAUUUCAAAUAAAUUCAUCUCUCACUGCUUUUUCACCUCUCUAACUAUCUUUUAAAAUUAAACCAUAUGGCCUGCAGUUCUUUAUAUACUAGACUUAGUGAAUAUAUUGUACCGAAGCUUGUCAGCAGUUAAUAUGACUCUACAUAUAACUACAUAUAUGCCUCAUUCAAUAUCCAACCACUGUUACAAUGCUAACUCUGUUAAAGAUUCUGGAUAUGUUUUGUCCCCUGUAUGUUGUACACAUACACAUUUCACAUCUGUUUUGUGACUGCAUACUUUUGUGGAGAAUAUAAAUAAAAUGUGAAUAUUUUUACGCAA